AUGAUGGCCAAGGAUGGGCAAGUUCGUCGAGUGACUAUAAAGACCCAGCACGGCGUUUUGGAACGACCAGCAACGAAUAUAGCUGUUUUGGACGUCGGCUUGGAGGAUGGAUUCUUGUCGUGCCAGACGAUUGGGCUGAAAAUACUUCUCCAGCAUAUAUGGCGGCUAAAUAUUGACUGGGAUCAAGAGCUGCCCGAGAAGAUUCUGGAAGACUGGCGCCUUUGGAAAACUCUUUUAGAGCAGAUCAGGAUUUUCGAGGUGCCUAGAUGCUUUUCCCCAGACACAUCAGAUCCACGUCAAACGGAGCUCCACACAUUCGUCGACGCCAGCGAGUAUGCGUAUUCUGAUGUUUUCUACUUGCGUGUAGCAAUGGAUGACAAGUUCGACGUCUCUUUGGUGAUAGCGAAGUCGAAGGUGGCACCUUUAAAACAACUUUCGAUUCCUCGUAUGGAGCUGCAGGCAGCAGUUAUGGGAGCACGCUUAGCCCACAAGGUGAUGAGCACGCGCAACCUGCGAAUCGACAACGCCACAUACUGGUCGGAUUCAAAGACAGUACUGCAGUGGCUAACUAUGGACCCCCUAACUUUCAUCAGUUCGUGA